CUGGUAAGUAGACAACUACCACAUUAAUCAUUCAUAUCUUUCAUGUCUGUUGUACUCUCUAUUUUUAUAAAUUCCAAUUCAGUACUGACACUAUAUGCACACAGCAACGAAUAUUUCUUUGUUAAUAGUAACAUCAGUCCCUUAGUCUUUAUAAUUUAUCUUCAAUUCCUUCUGGUUAUAAUAAUCAUCCAGUAUUCGAAAUUCACUUAUCUGACUUUUCGAAAGCCAAAUAACAUACAGUAGUAAUUAUUAUGAAGACAGUAGAGAUGAGCAACGGGGCAGGUGGUUCUGAUGAGGGAAAAAUGAGAUGUGAAGAAAUGGUUAAGUGUAGAAGAUAUGAAGUGAUUUUGAGGAUGAUGGGGCUAGUUUUCACUCUAGUAGCUGCUGUUGUUGCUGGUACUAAUAAGGAUACUGAGUCAGUUCCAAUAUCUCUUGUAGAAGGAUUACCUCCUUUGCACCUUAAUCUCACUGCCAAAUGGAAUUACAUGUCUUCAACAGUGUACUUUGUGGCAGUGAAUGCGGUAGCAUGUGCAUAUGCAGCGAUAUCUAUGGCGUUUAUAGCUCUAAUAACUCGCGGUAGCAGAGGAAAGAAUUGGAAAGGCUCUGUCUUAGUUGUUGCUCUAGACCUGUCUAUGGUGGCACUACUUUUUUCAGCCAACGGGGCGUCGGCCGCAAUUGGAAUCAUUGCUCUGAAUGGCAACUCCCACACACAGUGGCACAAAGUUUGUUAUGCUUUCAAAAGAUAUUGCAUCCAAGGGGGAGCUUCUCUUGCUAUGUCUAUGCUUGGUUCAUUCUUCUUUAUUUGCCUUGUGUUGCUCUUCAAUUUGAAUCUUCAAAGAACUACUUCAAAUUAUUAAUACGGGUCGGAAACAGUCUCUCUACCGUAUCUCUGAAAUAGUGGUAUGGACUAUAUACACUCUACCUUCCCCAUACCUUACUGUGAGGGAAUAUACUGGGUAUGCUGAUGUUGUUGUUGGGUCUAUGACGAAAGAUAAAAGAGCUAUGAUGACUCGAGAAAUGGAAUUGGGUGCAAGUUUGUCCGUGACAAUUAAUAGCAACAGCUUGUACUCAUAUCAUAUUGUGGCUCUAUUUAUGUUAUUUGUUAGCUAUAUUUGUAGGCUACAUAUAUAGCCAAUGCAUUGCAAUUUUACUAAGCUUAAUUACUAGCACAUUUCCUUCAAUGGGGACCGCA